CACCAAUAAGAUGUAUGCCAACCGUGAUUAUAAAGAAAAAGAACAAGACGAUGACGACAACAGCAGAGUAGAGGGGACAGUUCACGAUCUGCUGCUUCCACACAGAAAUUCAUGAUCAGUGAAACAACAAUCACAAGGUCAGUGAUUUCAACAACAAAUGCUGGAACUUUCCCAUCCGUUUAAAAGUGCAGACAAGCAUCAAACCAUCAGGAAGAAAUGGAAUCUGCAAAGAUUAAAGAGGAACAUGAGAACAUGAGUGAUCCAGAACCCUGCAGAAUGAAACGCAUUGAAGAACAGAGAGACCAGAUGGAAGAGAACGAGAAUAGUGAAGAACUGAAUGAAGUGGAGGAGAAACCUCUGAGUCACUCGAAAACUAAAACUAAAUUUAAGAAAAGAAGACCUGAGAAAUCUUUCACCUGCACUCAGUGUGGAACAAGUUUCAGAUACAAAAACGCUCUUGAGAUUCACAUGAGAAUCCACACGGGAGAAAAGCCACACAUGUGUGAUCAAUGCGGAAAGAGUUUCCCAUACAAACAAAGUCUUAAGAUUCACAUGAGAGUUCAUACUGGAGAGAGACCAUAUGCAUGUGAUAAAUGUGGAAAGAGUUUCCCUUACAGUCGAAGUCUUGUGUUUCACAUGAGUGUUCAUACUGGAGAGAAGCCGUUCACUUGUGAUCAGUGUGGAAAGAGUUUCAUACAUUCAUCGAACUUUAAACGACACAUGAAGAUCCACACUGGAGAAAAGCCCUUCACGUGUGAUCAAUGUGGUAAAACAUUUCUUAGAGCAUCACAACUGAAGACACACCUGACAGUUCAUAUGAAGGAGAAGCCACAUUCAUGUUCUUCAUGUGGAAAGAGUUUUUCACAGCUGGUGGGUUUAAAAUCUCAUCAGAAAUUACAUGACGCUGUGAAAGAUAAUGUGUGCUUUGCAUGUGGGAAGACUUUUGCUUCAGUGAAUGUUUUAAAACGGCACCAGAGGAUUCACACUGGAGAAAAACCUUACAAGUGUUCACACUGUGACAAGAUAUUUCGUUGGUCAGUAGAUCUGCAAAGACAUGAGUGGAUCCACACUGGAGAGAUGCCAUACACAUGUGAUCAGUGCGGGAAGAGUUUCACACGCAAACUAAGUUUUAGAGUUCACAUGAGGAUCCACACGGGAGAGAAGCCGUACACAUGUGAUCAGUGUGGAAAGUGUUUCACGUGUUUAACAAACCUUAAAGGACACAUGAAAAUUCACACUGGAGAAAAGCCACAUGCAUGUGAUCAAUGCGGCAAAACAUUUCUUGUUUCAUCAGCCCUGAAGAAACACCUGACAGUUCAUAUGAAGGAAAAACCAUAUUCAUGUUCUUCAUGUGGAAAACGUUUUUCAUGGAGGCAAAGUUUAAAAUCCCAUCAGAAAUUACAUAAUCCUGUGAGGGAUCAUGUGUGUUUUCAUUGUGGGAAGACUUUUGCUUUGGUGAAUCUUUUAAAAUUGCACCAGAGGUAUCACACCGGAGAAAAACCUUACAAGUGUUCACACUGUGACAAGAGAUUUAGUUGGUCAGUAGAUAUGAAAAGACAUGAGAGGAUCCACACUGGAGAGAAACCGCACACAUGUAAUCAGUGUGGGAAGAGCUUUACACGCAAACAAAGUCUUAGAGCACACAUGAGGAUCUCACCAUCAGUGAUUUCAACAAUAGAUGCUGGAAUUUCCCCAUCAGUUUACAAGUGCAAACAAGCAUCAAACCAUCAGGAAGAAGAGAAAUCUGCAAAGACUGUAUUUAUUAAAGAGGAAAGUGAGAACAUGAGUGAUCCAGAACCCUGCAGAAUGAAAGACAUGGAAGAAGACCCGAUGGAAGAGAAGAGUGAAGAACUGAAUGAAGUGGAGGAGAAACCUCGUGUUAAACCUGAAGAGAAACCUCUGUGUCACCCAAAAACUGAAACUAAAUUUAAGAAAAGAAGACCUGAGAAAUCUUUCACCUGCACUCAGUGUGGAACAAGUUUCAGAUACAAAAACGCUCUUGAGAUUCACAUGAGAAUCCACACGGGAGAAAAGCCACACACGUGUGAUCAAUGUGGAAAGAGUUUCCCAUACAAACAAAGUCUUAAGAUUCACAUGAGAGUUCAUAAUGGAGAGAGACCAUAUGCAUGUGAUAAAUGUGGAAAGAGUUUCCCUUACAGUCGAAGUCUUGUGUUUCACAUGAGAGUUCAUACUGGAGAGAAGCCGUUCACUUGUGAUCAGUGUGGAAAGAGUUUCAUAAAUUCAUCAAACUAUAAAAGACACAUAAAGAUCCACACUGGAGAAAAGCCCUUCACGUGUGAUCAGUGCGGUAAAACAUUUCUUAGAGCAUCACAACUGAAGACACACCUGACAGUUCAUAUGAAGGAGAAGCCACAUUCAUGUUCUUCAUGUGGAAAGAGUUUUUCACAGCUGGAGGGUUUAAAAUCCCAUCAGAAAUUACAUGAAGCUGUGAAAGAUUAUGUGUGCUUUGCAUGUGGGAAGACUUUUGCUUCAGUGAAUGUUUUAAAACGGCACCAGAGGAUUCACACUGGAGAAAAACCUUACAAGUGUUCACACUGUGACAAGAUAUUUCGUUGGUCAGUAGAUCUGCAAAGACAUGAGUGGAUCCACACUGGAGAGAUGCCAUACACAUGUGAUCAGUGCGGGAAGAGUUUCACACGCAAACUAAGUUUUAGAGUUCACAUGAGGAUCCACACGGGAGAGAAGCCGUACACAUGUGAUCAGUGUGGAAAGAGUUUUACAUGUUUAUCAAACCUUAAAGGACACAUGAAAAUCCACAGUGGAGAAAAGCCACAUGCAUGUGAUCAAUGCGGCAAAACAUUUCUUGCUUCAUCAGCCCUGAAGAAACACCUGACAGUUCAUACUAAGGAGAAGAGUUUUACACACAAACAAAGUCUUGGAGCACCAAUAAAUGUUGGAAUUUCUCCUUCAGUUUACAAGUGCAAACAAGAAUCAAACCAUCAGGAAGAAGAAAAAUUAGCAAGGACUGAAUUCAUUAAAGAGGAAAGUGAGAACAUGAGUGAUCCAGAACCAAGCAGAAUGAAACACAUGGAAGAACAGAGAGACCUGAUGGAAGCGAACGAGAUGAGUGAAGUGGAGGAGAAACCUCAUGUCAAACCUGAGAAAUCUUUCACCUGCACUCAGUGUGGAACGAGUUUCAGAUACAAAAACGCUCUUGAGAUUCACAUGAGAAUCCACACGGGAGAAAAGCCACACACGUGUGAUCAAUGUGGAAAAAGUUUCCAAUACAAACAAAGUCUUAAGAUUCACAUGAGAGUUCAUACUGGAGAGAGACCAUAUGCAUGUGAUAAAUGUGGAAAGAGCUUCCAUUACAGUCGAAGUCUUGUGUUCCACAUGAGUGUUCAUACUGGAGAGAAGCAGUUCACUUGUGAUCAGUGUGGAAAGAGUUUCAUACAUUCAACAAACUUUAAACGACACAUGAAGAUCCACACUGGAGAAAAGCCCUUCACGUGUGAUCAAUGCGGUAAAACAUUUCUUAGAGCAUCACAACUGAAGACACACCUGACAGUUCAUAUAAAGAAGCCACAUUCAUGUUCUUCAUGUGGAAAGAGUUUUUCACAGCUGGAGGGUUUAAAAUCUCAUCAGAAAUUACAUGACGCUGUGAAAGAUAAUGUGUGCUUUACAUGUGGGAAGACUUUUGCUUUAGUGAAUCUAUUAAAACGGCACCAGAGGAUUCACACUGGAGAAAAACCUUACAAGUGUUCACACUGUGACAAGAUAUUUCGUUGGUCAGUAGAUCUGAAAAGACAUGAGACGUUCCACACUGGAGAGAUGCCAUACACAUGUGAUCAGUGCGGGAAGAGCUUCAUGCGCAAACAAAGUUUUAGAAUCCACAUGAGGAUCCACACGGGAGAGAAGCCGUACACAUGUGAUCAGUGUGGAAAGAGUUUCUCAUUAAAGCAAAGUUUUGAUGUUCACAUUAGAGUCCACAGUGGAGAAAAGCCGUACGCAUGUGAUCAGUGUGGCAAAACAUUUCUUGAUUCGUCAACCCUGAAAAAACACCUGACAGUUCAUUUGAAAGAGAAGCCUUAUUCAUGCUCUUUAUGUGAAAAAAGUUUUACACGGCUGGAUGGUUUAAAAUCCCAUCAGAAAUUACAUGACGGUGUGAGAGAUUAUGUGUGCUUUGCGUGUGGGAAGACUUUUGUUGCAGUGAAUCUUUUAAAACGGCACCAGAGGAUUCACACUGGAGAAAAACCUUACAAGUGUUCACACUGUGACAAGAUAUUUCGUUGGUCAGUAGAUCUCAAAAGACAUGAGCAGAUCCACACUGGAGAGAAACCGCACACGUGUGAUCAGUGCGGGAAGAGCUUCACACGCAAACAAAGUCUUAGAGCACACAUGAUGAUCCACACGGGAGAGAAGCCGUACGCAUGUGAUCAGUGCGGGAAGAGCUUCACACGCAAACAAAGUUUUGAUGCUCACAUGAGAAAACACAAUGGAGAAAAUCGGUACGCAUGUGAUCAAUGUGGUAAAACAUUUCUUGUAUCAUCAUCCCUGAAGAGACACCUGACAGUUCAUACACAAGAGAAGCCGCUUUCACUUUCUUAAUGUGGAAGUUGCAAAGUUUAAAAUCACAAACACUGUUGUAAGAGCUCAUAUUCGCAUUAAGUGUAGGAAGACUUUCUUUGCCAGUCAAUUUAAAAUGGUACCAAAGGAUUCACACUGGAGAAAAUUUUUCAAACGGUUCACACUGCACCAAGAGAUUCUGAAGCUACACAUGAAGAUUCAUACAAUAAAGAAACCAGACUAUGGUUAUCUGUGCAUAUAGUUUCACAGUGUUGUCUUCUUAAUUCACUCAGAACAAUCACAGCUGAAAUCGAAGUAAGCUCUUCAUCUCUAUGUGCUGAGCAAUACAGUCUCUUCUGUGUAAGGUAGUUUCCUAACAACCACAAUAAGUGACAGAACAUUUUGUUGGUGGCUUGAAAGUAUGUCAUUAUUAUGAGACAUGAUGUCAUUAUUAUGAGAUAUGAUGUCAUUAUUAUGAGAUAUGAUGUUGGGGUUCCUCAAUUGGCAGCCUUUGCCAAUUUCAAGCAGUGCUAUUAAGGUAAUGUUGGUGAAAAUUAAAAUAAAGCAUCAUUGACAGUUUAGUCUAAAAGUAUUAAAAAAAAGUGGAAACAAAAUAAACUAUACAAAUGUGAAUGGACUGAACAAAUUAAUUUUAUUUGCCUGACCACCACAAUUCAAAGCCACCAUGUUAUGCAUGCAGACUAACAUUUAACGCUAUUUCAAUACAUUGCACAGCAAUCUUUACUGCAAUUAUCUAGAACAUUGUGAGAGCCGCAAACAGAAGGUAACACAAUUGGUGGCAGCUUACGAGCAAUCAGUUGCUGUUCUUCACAAAAACACAUCCUUGCAGGUGAAUGCAUGUGGCUUGGAACCUGGCAAAAACCAAAAAGCCAUUCACGGAUGCAGCAUUAAUUAAAAACUGCAAUUCACAUGAAGGAUGUUUUAAAUCACGAUGACAGAGCAAAAAAACUUUAAUGGAUGCGGAGCUAUUAAAGAAGGUGCCAUUAUCCGAUUGCAUGGUAACAAGAAGAACAGAGGUAUUGGUGGGUGAUUGUCUGUCCAGUCUUUUAUCGGACAUGAAGAAAGCUGAAGUCAUGUCACUUUCAACAGACUCGUCUUGCGACUGAACUGACAUUGAACCAUUGAAAAACUGGAUGAUUUUGUAUCUUCACUCUGGAAUAAUUGGCAAAUGACUUUAGUCCAAUUACGCUCACAUCAGUUCUUUGCAUGUAUGGAGCACAGUGUGUAAGGGAGAUCCAUUGACUCCCUACUGUUUAGAUAUUGGGCCAGUCGGAGCACUGUGGACACCUCCCUCAUAUAAAUAAAGUUCAACAUUAUCUAAAUAAGCCAAAAUGUAUGUAUUAGAAUACUCUUUAUGGAGUAAUACUCGCCUUUAUGAUUUAGGUGUUAGUUGUUGGAUGAUAUCAUGGAUUAAGGAAUUAUCAAGAGAUUGACCUCCGCCUGUUUGUAUUAAUAAUGUCAUGUGUGACUGCUUGGUUUUAAAUACUGGGGUACCGCAGGGAUGCGUCCUGUCUCCAAUACUGUUUUAUUCAUACAUCAAUGAACUGCUUUGUGAUGAAGAUAACCCCUCCCUCAUAAAGUAUGCAAAUGCAAUAAAUGAAUUGCUCCUCAUAUUUUGAUUAUAUCGACAUGGACAUUGUGCCUAGGGGCCAUAAAAAUACAUUGUGCCCAGGUGCAUCUGAAUUCCUAAUCCGGGCCUGGACGGAACUUUUUGAAAAUUUCAUAUCACAAUUAUAGUGACCAAAGUUCACGAUCACGAUUAUAAGUAUUAUCAAGGCAGAUGAAAACAUUAAUGACAAUGUUAAAAAAGAACUGAGAAUCUCACUGAAAACCUUUUGAAAAGUUUUAUAUUUGAAAAUUAACAAAAAAAUUGCAACUAUAUGCACUUUUUUUAGAAUCAGAAAGAGCUUUAAGAUGUCAAGCGAUAGAGACACAAAAUAAAAAUAAGUGAUUAAAAAUAAAUGUGUAAAGGCAAUACACGAUAGAAAAAAUACAAUAGACAGUAUAAUGUAUGUACAGAUAAAUAGGAUUGGGUAUUAUUUGAAUUGUAUUGAUUCCAAUGUGAUUAAAUAAUGAUAUCAAACAUUUA